AUGGAGGAGGUGGUCGUGGUGACGACGCCGGACACGGCGGUGGACGGCAGCGGCGUGGAGGAGGUCAAGACCGUGCUCGUCACCACCAACCUGGCCCCGCACGGCGGUGACAUCAAUGAAGACACCCUGGAGACGGAGAACGCAGCUGCGGCGGCGGCGGCCGCCUUCACAGCCUCCACGCACCUCAAAGAAGCCGUCCUAGUGAAGAUGGCUGAAGAUGAGGACAGCUUGGAGGCAGAGAUCGUUUACCCCAUCACCUGUGGUGACAGCAAGGCCAACCUGAUAUGGAGAAAAUUUGUGUGCCCUGGGAUCAACGUGAAGUGUGUGCAGUUUAACAACCACCUAAUUAGCCCCAAGGAGUUUGUCCACUUGGCGGGCAAGUCAACCCUAAAGGAUUGGAAGCGAGCGAUCCGGAUGAAUGGGAUCAUGCUCCGGAAGAUCAUGGACUCUGGAGAGCUGGAUUUCUACCAGCACGCUAAGGUCUGUUCCAACACGUGCCGGAGCACUAAAAUUGACCUGACCGGAGCCAGGGUGUCUUUGACCAGCCAGACAUCAACAGAGUAUAUUCCUCUCACUCCUGCUUCUGCAGAUGUGAACGGAUCCCCGGCGACGAUCACCAUAGAAACCUGUGAGGAUGCCAGCGAUUGGAGCGCGAGCGUUGGAGAUGAUGCUUUUGCUUUCUGGCGAGGGCUGAAGGACGCGGGCGUUCUGGAGGAGGUGAUCCAUGAGUUCCACCAGGAGCUAGUGGAGACCAUAAAAGGCUUGCAGGAGCGAGCGCAGGAUUCCCCGCUGCAGCUCAGCGAUGCUGUUUUACUCAACAACAUUGUCCAGAACUUUGGCAUGCUGGACCUGGUCAAGAAGGUCCUGGCAAGCCACAAAUGUCAGAUGGAUCGCUCGAGAGAACAGUACACGCGGGAUUUGGCAGCCCUGGAGCAGCAGUGUGACGAGCACCGCAAGCGGGCCAAGGAGCUGAAGCACAAAUCGCAGCAUCUCAAUAACGUCCUGAUGACUCUGACGCCCGUCUCCGUCCCGACGCCUCUAAAACGCCCCCGGCUCACCAGGGCCACGUCGGGGCCCUCGCCCGCGUCGUCGCCGCUCCUGGGCGGAUACACCGUGCUGGCCUCGGCCGGCUCCGGCUUCCCUGGCGCCGUGGAGAUCCACCCGGACGCUUCCAACCUGACGGUGCUCAGCACCGCGGCCAUCCAGGACGGCGGCACCGUGGUGAAGGUGGUGAGCCCCUUCCAGCUGCUCACGCUGCCGGGACUCGGCACCGCCAUCCAGAACGUGACGCAAAUGGCUCCCAGCGGGAGCACCAUCGUGACGGUGCCGUCGGGCGCCGCCGCGGCGGACGAACACGCCACCACCAUCGAGGUGACCACAGUGGCCGACGAGGCGGAGCAGAAGUGACGGGGGGCCUUGCCUGGAGGGACGUUUUCUGUGACACUCUGGGUGGAACUGCCUUUUCCCUGGCUGUGCUGGGGGAAGGGGGAGCAGUGUAAAGAGGGCACAGGUUAAUGAGACUCAGGAUGGCUGAAAUCGGGUCCCGAGGAGAUUCGAGUCAGAGAGGAGAGAGGAAGAGGGAGGAAAAAGACACCCAAAGGAGGGAAGGACAAAAUGCUCUGCCCUAUUUGGAGAGGAAAAAAAAGGCUUAAGUCUUAAAGCUUUCCUCACCUAUUCUCUUGGGCUACGUAUUCCACUUCUAGCUUGUUAGCCCUGCCUUAUCUCUAGACUUCUUAGCUGGGACAGUGCGCGAGAGGAGCAGAUGGGAGCAGGGUUGCAGGGCAAGGAGGCAAAGGCAGUAGCAAAAGGUCAA